AUGAACGUCAAGCAUGGACUUGGAACAAAGAGAUAUUGCAACUCUGAUAUUUUCGAGGGCUCAUGGAGAGAAGGAGUGCAGGAAGGGUUAGGCAAGUACACGUGGAGUAAUGGAAAUUUAUAUGUUGGAAACUGGAAGUCUGGGAAGAUGUGUGGCAGAGGGGUUAUGAAAUGGGAAAAUGGUGAUCUAUUUGACGGGUUCUGGUUGGACGGAAUGAAACAUGGGUCUGGUUUUCACAGGUUUGCAGAUGGGUCCCACUUUUUUGGUACAUGGAGUAGAGGAUUAAAGGAUGGCCGUGGAGUCUUUUAUCCUCCUGAAAGUAAACAUCCAUUUCUAGGCAUUUGGUACGAAUCUUUGACUUCGUUGGAUGGGUUACAAGGUGUGCCAUUCCAUGGGGAAUUGAGAAAUUCUUUUAGAGAUAAAAAACUCAGGCCUAACAGAAGUAUCUCUCAUAAAUGGCCGAUGAGAAGCCUCCUCAAAUGUUCUGGACGGAUAUCAAAUAGGACUACAUUCCAUCACUCCUGGAUACUUGGGGAUUCUUAUGGUCCAUCCCUGGGAAACACUAGGGGAUAUUCAAGUUAUUCUGAAGAUCAUGUUCCUGUUUACGAACGGGAAUAUGCACAAGGGGUGUUGAUAAUGGAAGAAGUCCGAAAUGCAACAUGUGGUCUUCCAGAUAGAAUAAACAGGCUUCAAAUGGUCCGACCCAAAGAUACAAGGCGUCCAUGUAAGACUAUCAUUAAAGGUGACAAGAGUUAUUACCUAAUGCUGAACCUGCAGCUUGGUAUUAGGUAAAGUUGAAAUUCCUCCGCAGUUGAUGUUUUUUGCUAAUUAUACCUUUCUGCUCCUUUUGUUUUUGCUUCAUUGAAGAAACAGUGGAAAGAAGAAUUUUCUUACUUUUUCACGUUGAUAUCAAUUGAUGUUUAAAUUGCCUUCCAAUUUAAGUUUCUUUUGCCUCAAUUGCACAUCUAAGCGUAUUUAUUUGAUUCUGAUUCAUCCAAAACACUUUUAGAUUUUAGGCUAAAAUGUGUGGAACCAAUGAAGAAUGGGAAUAUGGAGUCCUUGUUUUGUAUGCAAUUAUCUACAAAUUUUAGAUUACCAGGGGUCUCAUUUGUUUUUGUUGUGACCGUCAGGAUAUGGAGUUUCUCAUUGUUUAUAAUGUAUAAAACAGUCAAAACAGGAUAGUUUCUUUCUUCAUCACUCCUUUGUUUCAAGAUAUGCAAGGUAGGUUCCUUCUGACAUGGAGACUGAUUGUUUAUUGUGGUAAACCGAGCAGCCUUUAACUAAGUUCUUUACCCAUUCAGAGAGUAUUUGAAAAGAUGUACUAUGUAGGAGAUACGAGUUUUCAGGAAAUAACUACUAACUUUUCUAAUUUAGAAGAUUUUAUGUUUUCGAAUUCUAGAAUUUUGGCGUAACCAAAACUAGUUGACUGGAUUCAUCAAUUGAAUUUUUGUUUCUUCUUCUGAAGUCUCAUGACAUAGAUUAGUUCUCUAAAGAAGAAAACCGAGAAUGGUGUAGCUUAAAACCUACAUUAGGACAUCGGAGGAUCACUUGUGUAUGCUGUCUGAAUGUUGGUUCAAAUUGUAUGAUGUGAAUUCCGUAGAAGAGAUAUGUCUUUUAACAACUAUUGUGGUAUGCUUCUUGUUGAUCCAACUUACAUGGUUUUGAGAGGAAUUGGGAGUAGGAAGAUAAGUUAUCUACAUCUUUGUUUCCCUCCAAAAAAUUUAUCUGGUUCAAUUCUAAUUUAUUUGCCUCGAGGUGAUUGGCAUUCGAUUGUUUAUGCAGCAUCCGAGAUAAUCCAAAAUACUUUUAACGUUUCUAACUUAAUUACACGGAUUCAGUAGUGAUCCGAGCAGAUUCCUUUCCCUCCCCUCUUAAAAAUACACUGACCUGCUCUCUCAUUCUAUGACUAAUAUGUGUAGACCCUGUCUGCUGAGGAGCUCCCAUCCUGAAUAAUGCUGCUUAUGUUUCCACACAGGUUUAAGGUCGCAUGCUUAUGUGAUUCCCAAUUCUGUCCCCAGUAACGGAUCAUUCUAGGACAAUAUUUUAUCUGAUUUCAGCACUGAACCUUGUGCUCUCAAGAUACUGUUCAUAGUAUUAAGUAAUGUUAACCUGAUAUUUGGAUUUUAUAGCACUUGUUUUAAUUGUAUUUCAAUAACAUUUUUACGAAAAAACUGAAUUAUAACCUAUUUCAGCUGACUUCUGUAAAUUGUACUUGAGACUGAGUGGCAGGUCUUCUACCAUGUCUACAGAUAUACAGUUGGAAAGAUCACUCCUGUACCUAUGCGUGAAGUUCGAUCCUCCGACUUUGGACCUAGAGCUAGAAUACGAAUGUAUUUUCCGCGAAAGGGUUCUCAAUUUACGCCAUCACAUUAUUCUGUGGGAUUUUUUUGGGAGGAUUACUGCCCAAUGGUUUUUAGGUGCUGAUCCUUGCUCUUGCUUAUUUUAUAUGGUUUCGUUACCCCAAAUAUUUAAACGGUUCUUGACGUUUAUUCAUUUUGGAAAAUUAAGUUUAGAAUGAUUUAUGAUGCAGAUUGUCUUUUAAAAUAUUUACAGAACUGUUUAAAUGUGGAAAUACCACAAACUCAACGGCUAUUUCACCAAUUGUGUUGUGAAGAAUGAUGAUGUUCCUAUCAAAUUUUGGAGGCAUUAUUUUCUUUACUGUGAUAUGGUUAGAAGGGAUAUCCGUCUCAACAUCAAAUAAAUAAUAAUGUUAGACAUGAAAGCACUAAAUAACAUUUCAACUAGUUUGAAACCAAUAUCAGCAUAAGAAAUUAGAUUAAGAGAAAACCUGGGAUACUAAUUUUAAACCUGAGGUGCAAAAUAUUUAGAUUGACUUGCUUUUCCUAAGUGAUUUUUGUGUAUUAUAGGAAGUAUCCGUGGAAAUCAGUUUUUCUUCAUAACGCCCGCUUUGUGAGUCUUGAUAAAACGUAAAAGGUUAUGAGUUCUUGCUAUUGUCUUUUCAUUUCAUCCUCCAAGUUGAUAUCAGGCCCAUACCCAAUCCCUUUGACUCAAUGUUUGUUCAUUUGACAUUUCUUCAAGAAGUUACUAGGCAUACGGGGAGUCUGGUUAUUGGGACUGGUUCUUAUUUCUGGCCUACAGACUGAUAAGUUUUAUUUCCUCUAUAUUGAGUUUUUAAUAUUUUAAUAUGUUUAGAAGGGUCUAUUCUCAGGAAUCUCCGGGAGAUGUUUAAAUUAGAUGCAGCUGAUUACAUGAUGUCCAUUUGUGAUGGAGAUAGUUUGAAGGAGCUUUCUUCUCCAGGAAAAAGUGGUAGUAUAUUUUAUCUUUCCCAAGAUGAAAGAUUUAUCAUAAAGACACUACGGAAGUCAGAAUUGAAGGUUUGAUCUCUUCUUCCAUGUGGAAAAGAUAAAUCUGAUGCAUCUCGAACACCUUUGUCCAUUAGCUUUUUCAUCUGUGAGUGAGAUUUAUCAUUUUAUGAUGAUAUAUUCUUACCUCUUGCUCUAUAUCAUACAAGUACAGCUUUGAAAAUGGAAAAAAGGUUUCAUGAGAACCAUUUAUGGACAAGGUUAAUGUCAUGAUUGAAGAGGAAGUUAUGGACAAUGAUGGCAAGCUAUCUUUAUGAAAUUUUGAACUUUUACUUCAGUAAUGUCCAUUUAUAUUGGGUGAUGAACACGUGUGAUAUAUCUGGAAUGAUAUUGGCCACAUGGGGAUGGUAAGCCAGAAAAUUAUCUUCAAAUUUGUUUCAGACAACAUUUAAAAUUGUUUCGUUUCCUGACUAAUUACUUAAGUUUAAAUUCUUCCGAAAUAUUUAAUAUUAUGAUGAAUAAUGAACAUCCAAACAUUGUUGUCCUGUAAAUGAGAUGAGGAAAGUGGGUAACAUUUUCAUGCUAAAAAACUGAUUUACAUCAUUACUCGAACAAUUGCAUACUAGGAUAGUUACAUUUGGUUGUCACAGAGAAAGUAGAGCUAAUUUAAUUGCCAAAUCAGUGAUCAGAUAUUUUCGAAAAUAAGGUGAGUUUGCCAUGAAAUGCCAAAGUUCUCAAGGAAAAAAAUUUAGAGGCUAUGUGUCUGGUACUUUCAGCAACUCUGAUGCUGCCAAAUUAAAUUUACUGUCAUAAUCCUAAACUUGCCAACGUAGAUUUCUAGGUUCAAUGUAUAUCCAACAUUACAGAGAGUAUAACUUCGUCAAUUUUCAACGAGAGACGGACAGGAUUUUGUUUUGGGUGGGUGUUUGUGAGAGAAAAAUGUUGCUCAUAUAAUGGAAAAUAAUAUAGGCAACUUCUGCUGUCUUAUCUUAUUUUAUCUGUGAGUUGGAUUCUUUAAUAUCGGAGAACAUGUAACUUUUUCUCUUGAUUUUCGAAAUUUAAGAAAAAUGUCAAAAUCCAACACUGAAAUGUAUUUACAAUAGUUGGUAAAAUAAAAUUAAUCUUUUCGAAGUUGUAAGUUGUUACGAGUACUCACAACAAAUGUCAUGCAUUUGUUUCUACCGGACAAUUUACUGCGUCUUGUUUGUCUUCAAACAAAAUAGUUAAUGUUGUGGAGCUCUGAACUGAACAAGGAAUUUAUCUUGUUUGUAAAAUAAAGUCACUAGUUUAAUUUGCUUGUUUCGAUUAUUCUAAUAUUCGUGAAGCUUCGAAGCGUAUCAUAUUCUCCCUUUUUUUUUCUUUUUAUUCGAACACUAUUUAUUUUUUGUGAUCACGCCUUGGGUGGUAGAGAUAUGUAGAAUCAUCAAUGGAGCUUUCUUUAGUUAAUAAUUUUAAUUUUGAAUACGAAAUGACCUUGUGAGGAAUCUAUGCUACAUGAAGCAAACUGAUUAAAGUUGGCUGCUGUAUGUCUUUUUCUUUGUAAAAUUCUGUAGUUCAUUCAUAUAGAGAUACGGGUAGAUUUGUUUGUGUGGUUAAUCAUUUGGAAGAUUGUUGCUUAUAUAUUUUUCUUCUUCUUAUAGAUUCUGUUGAAAAUGCUUCCUGCUUACUACAACCAUGUUGGUGCCUACGAAAAUACCCUCAUCACGAAAUUUUUCGGGUUGCAUCGCAUCACAUUAAAUGGCAGACGAAAGGUACUUGUCAAAAAUCUGUUGCUUUGACCACUAGUGGAAUUUUUCUCAGUUCUCAUAUAUCUUUGAUUUGUAGGUUCGGUUUGUAGUCAUGGGAAACAUGUUCUGCACAGAAUUGCGGAUUCAUCGUCGUUAUGACCUGAAAGGUUCAUCACAGGGACGGUCAACUGAUUGGUGUAAAAUUGAUGAGAAUACCACAUUGAAGGAUCUUGAUCUACCUUACAUUUUCUAUUUGGAAAAGUCAUGGCACGAAUCCUUUUUUAAGUGAGUCACUCAAACUUUCUAAUUUUUAUGUCAGAAUUAUCGUUAUAAAUGCCUCUAUAUGUUUCAAAGUAGAUGCUUAUUUUUCGUCAAUUAUGAAAAUGUACAUAGGAAACGAAAGUAUUUUUUCCCCUUAUUUCGGGGACAGUCUCAUAGAAUCUUAGGUAGAGAUUGAUUUAAAACACUGAAGCAUGCUAGAAUUGUUUUGCUUACGAUGUAGGAAUGCGGUUCAUUGUGAACAUAUUAUUAGCCGAUAUAUUCACAUUCUGGUGAUGGAAAAGAGUGGGAAUUGGUCGAGGAACUAAUGUUCUUGUAUACUUAUUUUCCAGCUAUUAAAAGCUUUUUGUGUUUCAGCGAAUAGCUCAAGAAACUGAAUCGAGGCUAUAUAAUUGAAAUAUCCUGUUAUUUCCACUUCUGAUAUUUAAAGCCUAAAUAAAACUGGAUACUGACCCUAAGUUAUUUGUUGACAAUUGAUCUUGAUUGAGAUUCGUGCAACUUGGAGAAUGAAAGGAGUCACCACUUCUUCCAGGAAGAUGAACCAAUUCACCACUUCUUAGAGCAGGGUUUCCACAAUCCCAAAAAUGAAUGCGUCAAUUAUCAUGAUUUCCCGCUUAAGUACGGGUUACAUGAGUUAAUGGGCCAGGCCCAUUACAUUAGUCUUUAAGUGGAUCCGUUAACAGUCUAAUGGAUCCACUUAACACAGGGAAUGAUAGACAAAUACGAAAAUACAAUGGAAAAGAAACAGAUAGAAAGGAAAAACAAUCCUAGAAAGUUCAACAUUAUUGUUUAUGCAUUUAUUUCAAACUAUAUAUUCAGCACCCAAGGUCAAAGUCGGGGCUAUAAUUUUUCGUAAUAUACAUCUUUCGCAAACUUCCCUUAUACUUGACCCCUAUCCUUUCAUUCAGGUUGUGAUGGCUAGUAUGAUAACUGUAAGUAUCAUUUUCUUGUCUAUAGAGGUGUUGUAGUUGUCUGUGAUCAAAAUGGUAAGAAUGUUUCAAGAACACCACCAGACUGAAACUUUAUCAUACUAGAUGCCCGACUGUGGACUUUAAUGUUGAAAGAGGGAGGUUAGAAGGGCAGUUGUGUGAUCAGGUCGUAAAGCAUGAGAUUUUCCUAUUUCCUACUUGGGAUGCCAGUCGACAAGAGCAACUUACACUGUGGAGAUUGAAUAACGUUUGUGCUAUAAUCCGAAACCAAAGUGGUGGGAUGGAAGGAAAGUUUUUCUCUUAUGACUGGAAGCUAGUGUUUAGUAUGAUUGAAGCCCGUCGCCUAUCCCUUGUAGGUUGUAUGUGCGGUAAUGGCUGGUUUUAUCUUUGAAAAUCGGCAAAAAUAUAUUUCUGUAAAUAUUCUUAUCUGCCCUUUCACUUCGAGGAACCUUUUCAUUUGCUUUCCGAGGCAUUAUUUGUCAUUAGUGUCAUGCUGCCAUACGAGUUUUAUUCUAGGCUAUUGAGAGGUGGUCACUGCCUAACUUUAGAAAUACAUGCGGAACAUAUAGAAAAUUCAUCUUCCUAAUGAUCUCAGCUAAGGACGGAAAACAGACUCGUGGAGUCAGAAAUUCGGGGAUGGGAAACUCACUGUCUCGUCAGCUUGGUUUAAUAUUGCAGAUUAAGGCUAUGAAGGCUAUGGAUUUACUGAUUCUGAAGAUGUUGUUGUAGAGGAUUGACUUGCUCUCUGUUUGAGUAGAUUACUUCUUGGAGCUAAUGUGGAGGAACCCUUUGAUCACAUAUUUCUAUUGUGCGCAUUCUCGUGGGAGAUUUGGAUUAGCUCUUUUGGGCAAUAAGUAUAUGAUGAACAUAUCUUGGAAUCAAUCAAGGUAUUAUCCAAAUGAUGGAAUCGACAUUGAGCACUAAAAAACUACAAUGAUGUAUGAUGCCUUAUUCUAUACUCAAGACAUGAAGAGGGGGGGACCAUAAAAGGUUUCGAAAGCAAUUUUUUUCAGCGGGUUUGGAUAUUUUGAGGGGUGAUUUUGGAUGCAUUGGCUGACAAAUGUUGCGACAGAUAUUUGGCAGAGUUUUUUUUGAGAGAGCACUGAAAAUUCAGUGUACUUGCCUUGCUUUCAUUCGUUAUUGAGAAGUCUUGGGUCAGCAUCCCCGCUAACACUACUUUCCUAAAGAAAAGAAAUAAGUUGAUCCCUACUAGCUGAGGCUUCCUAUUUGAGUAGAUAUAUAUCCCUGUCAAAAUUUGCUGCGUUUUUGUGAGGUCAGAUUAUAAGUUGGACCGUUUUGAAUUCAUCUUCAUCCUCCGCCCCACUCAUGCCCCUACCUCAAUAUUUGGCGAUCAUUUUUCUCUAAAAUUUUUUUUUUACGACGAAUUUUUAUACUAUUUAUUUUCGCACUUGUAAGAAAUAAACAGAUGUCUCUAAGGACCUUAUUGUAGUCCCCCACCUGUCAGCCAAUUAGUGUUGAUUCCCUUUCAACCGUGUUUAGAGGAUGGCCAUCCUCUACACGUUGCUUUGUGGCCUCUAUAUUUUGGCGGGAUAAAUAGUUAGUGAGUGUAGUUCUCCUGCAACUUGGUAAUUCCGGUAUUUUAUGAUAAAGUAGACAGAAGAUUGGCAUUAGGUUGAUAAUUUGCAGCAAAACUUUUUCUAAAUACCUGAUUCAGACAUAUAUUGUAAGCGAAAAACCACAAAAAAGUGACUUGCAUCUGAGCAUACCAGUCCAAGUAAUACAUGCCGCAAGAGUCAAGAAGAUCCUGGUGUUUUUUCCGGGAGUUGCAAGGAUCGAGGUUCUUCCUUUUUUUCGUUUAACGGUUUUCUUCUCGUGUGGGGAUAUAAUUAUGGCUUCUUAAACAUCACUACUUUGAGGUUUUGAUACAAAAGGCUGAGUGUCCCUUCAAAUUUAAGGGUAUACAUCUGUAUAAUAUAUUUAUAAUUGUGAGGUAUAUAAUAAGAUCAUUCGUUUAUUAGUUGAUAAUGUUUAGCUUAAACAAAAUCAAUUGUGGUAAUCCUGAAAUAUGUAUUCGUUGCUCCUCACGCAUCAUAAUUUUUAAAAUCUUACGACAGAGAAAAAACUUUUUAAAUGAAAAAUUUAAUCUUUUCUCAUUUUUGGUUACUACAUGUCAAAGCUAUCUACGUUUUUUAGUUGAAGUUUUUUACUUGAAGAAUAGUUUUUUUUUCACUGAAUAAAGUGCAAAGUGUUUCAUGCUAGUUGCAAGAACUACAUUUUGGAUGGUCCCAUUGGACAUACCUUCAAUGAUUGGAACCCCAUAGCUUCAUUAAUUGAUCAGGGCAUUGACAAUGAGGGCCUGUGGAUUUGACUAAUUUUUUUUGUAUUAACUCGUGCAUCUGUCACAUCUUCGCUAUUAAUUAAUGGUUUCUUUUGUCACUUAUUGCAGGCAAAUUUUUGUCGAUUGCAUGUUUCUAGAAUCGCAGCGUAUUAUUGAUUAUAGCCUAUUGUUGGGGUUGCAUUUUAGAGCACCUGAACAUUUAAAGUCUCUUAGAGAAUAUCAAGAUACAGCUCAAUGUUGCGGCAGUUCACAGGCGACUGGUAUGUUUCUCUAUGAUCGCAAUCCUCUGUUUAAGGCAGAUUAUUCAUUUCAUGAGAAAUACCCGAGGGACAUGAAAACUACUGGCGUCAUUACUGUCAUGGACUACUUUAUUCAGUAAAUUCGAUGUAUAUCACCUUGUGAUUGUUGUGCAGCUGAUAAUUUCUGGUUUUUUUUUUAUUUUUUAUGCCCUGAUAUUUGUAGAUACACCUUUGCCUUCUAAGGGACUGCUUCUGGUUACCCAUGAGCCCAAUUCUUCUUAUACCACACCUGGGCUGCACAUCAGAGGGAGUACACUAAGAGCAUCUUCUGUUGGUAAUGAAGAAGUUGAUCUUCUCCUUCCUGAUGCAGGGAGGUGAGUUUUUCCCUUUCAUUCUCUUCUAUCCAAGCAUCACCAUUCCAUUUAGUUACCUAUUAUUUACCAAUUAUUCUUAAGGCAUCGUGAGAUUAAUAAUUUUAGUGGGGAUUUAUGAGGUCUCUCUAACUGAGGUGGGAACUACGUGGUGAAUUAACUUUCGCUUCAUCCAUGUCAGUCCUAAUCAGACGAAUUGAACUGAAAAGGGGCCUGUUCUCCUUGCCAUCCAUUUAUCAUACUUUGUCGGGUAUCUUUAAUCUUCAUGAAAUUCAAAGGUCUUUUGUAAUUCUACUCAGAACACUCAGAAGUAUUCUUCUUUCACCCAACCGUUCCAGUUACCUCAUGUCACAGAAACAGGCUUUACUGAGGGGAGCUAGAUUGAUUUAUGAACCAUUAUCUAUCCGCACCCGGGACCCCAUUGUACAUUCUUAUCGGAGGCUUUUGCUUGCUUUCACUAGAAUUAGUGCCUUUUCUCGAAAUACUCUAUUGCGAUUUUCUUCAUUUCUGGUUUUGGAGACUUGGAUAUUAAUGAGGACUGGGAGCCAGCCAGCUAUGGAUUGAUCUCCAGAACAUUGUGCUGCCCACAUCCUCUUAAUAUAGAAAGUUUCAAACAGUCUCCAAAUAUUUCUCUAGUAUUCAUCUGGAAGACCAUAUGUUGGAUUUAUUUUUCUUAAAUGCCACUAACUUAUAGUUGCUGCCGUACCUCGUCAAAUAAGCUGUUAUUUCUCCAUAAGGAUUUUUUUUCGGUUUCAACAAUACGGGCUCCAGAGCCAAGGAUCCCCAUGCUAAAAUAUUAUUCGAUGGUAGAUGCAAAUUGGCAACCAGUAAAAUAGCUUAUGACUGAUGAUCAUGACUAAGGGAAAGCUUCAUCCUGAGUUAAAAUUUUGAAAUAGUCUACCUUCAUGUCACCCAGAACUUUGUGAAAGUUUAGCUGUUGAUCAUAUAAGCAAAUUAAUGCAUUAAACUGAAUAAAAUUGUGCGUUGUAGGAUCAGUUUCGGAUUACAUACUGCGUACAAAGUAAGUAAGACAUAUCAUCACCCAUAAAAGUUGAAACGUUUUCACUGCACAUGAAUAAGAUGAUGUUCUUCAGGAUGCUGAGAAAUGAAAGUGAUGCAAAGAAACUUUCCCCUAUUCUUUCUAAUUCCAUUUCCUCAGAUCAGGCUACAGAACUGUUUAUAAUUGAAUAUGUAUAGUUUCUCAGACUUGAUAAAUAAAAAAUAUGGUUUUGUGGACUGGUUUAGAGUUGCUAUUUCGUCAAGUGAGAUAUUAAGUGCAGGUGAUGGGUAAAUGCAGUGGUAAAAAAAAAUAGGCUUCAAUUUUUCUUUUUUUUACCUCAGCAGAUGAUUGGCUAAUUCACUGUCAAACCGUCAUCCAUUAGGUAGCACAAAGUUGUGCUAACAUUUUAUCACAUUCGUUUGUCACUAUAACAUUUUUUAUUAGUUUAUUUACCAUCAAUGUGGUCUGCAUUAGCAGGUUAAGAGUGCAGCUGGGAGUCAACAUGCCUGCCCAAGCAAGUUGGAAGCCUCAGUCCAAUGAGCGCCCAGAGUCAACUGGCUUCUACCUCGGCGUCUAUGAUGUUGUCCUUUACUUUGGAAUCAUUGACAUUCUUCAGGGCUACAACGCGAGGAAGAAGGUUGAGCACGCCCUGAAAUCACUGCGAUUCGAUCCUAUGACCAUAUCUGCUGUCGAACCCAAGCUAUAUGCAAAGCGUUUCAUUGGGUUCUUGGAGAAGGUUUUCCAAGAGAGAGAUUGA